AUGUCUUCUCAGAAUCACGAACGGAAAAGGAUCUAUCAAGUCUGGCCCGGUAAAAAUAGAUUUUACUUUGGGGGAAGACUAGUGUUUGGUCCAGACGCAUCUUCAAUUCUUCUGACCACAUGUAUGAUAGGAGCACCAGCUAUCACUUUCUGCAUCAGGAUGGCUAUUCUGAUCAGACAGCGCCACCCUCUAUUUCAUUUACUGAUCUUGAUUGGUGCAAUUAUUCUCACAAUCUUGGAUUUCACAUUUCUCUUCUUGACAUCUUCACGAGACCCUGGCAUUAUCCCAAGGAACAAAGAAGCUCCUUUGGAAGAAACGUCUGAGGCUGUUACCAAAUCCUUGGAAUGGGUCAGUGACAAAGUAGGGAAUGCGAAACUACCUAAAACAAAAGAUGUAAUGGUGAAUGGAAUCACCGUCAAAGUGAAGUUUUGUGAGACUUGUCAGCUUUACCGUCCUCCUCGCGCCUCUCACUGCUCAAUCUGCAACAAUUGUGUCCAGAGGUUUGAUCAUCACUGUCCAUGGGUCGGUCAAUGCAUCGCCUUGCGUAACUAUCCAUACUUCGUGUGUUUCUUGUCGUGUUCAACACUCCUCUGCAUGUACGUCUUUGUGUUCUCAUGGAUCAGCAUGCUUGGAGUCCAUGGCCAAUUCUUUAUCGUCCUCGCUGAUGACGCGAUAUUAGGUGUUCUUGUUCUCUACUGCUUUGUUUCCGUCUGGUUUGUUGGUGGACUUAGUGUCUUUCACUUCUACUUAAUCUGCACAAACCAGACGACUUGUGAGAAUUUCCGGUACCAUUACGAUAAGAAGGAAAACCCUUACCGUAAGGGGGUGUUAAAGAACUUCAAGGAGCUCUUCUUCGCAAAGAUUCCACCAUCUUUGAACAAUUUCAGAGAUUGGGCGCCAGAAGAAGAAGACGAUGUGGAGGUUGGAUCUGUUGCCUCAGAGGUAGUCAGAGCCUUUGGGACUCCAAAACACAGGAAUGAGCAGUAA